ACGCUCUGCUGUGACAGUGUUUUGUUUUCCCGUUGUGUGAUUUUUGCUGAGCAGCUACAAUAUAUGGAAACUAGCGCUGGUUAGUAAUCGCUGGGCGUUUCUUGCCCUGUAAGGGGGGCAACCUAAAGAGAUGACAGAUAUGCUGCAGCUUCCUGCUCCACCCAUCGCCUCUGGCACCGGGGCCUACUCGGUAUCCUCUACGCCAACACAUCGCAGGAAACGUUUCAAAAUGAGACGCUGGAAGAAGGUUCGGAGUGAGAAUGACCUGCUGGCCAAGAGCUUUGUUCAGGACUCCACAGCGAAAGAAUUCCUGCGGCCUCCGUCCAUUGAAGUCACCCCAUCAAGUGACGAGGACACUCCUUGGUCAAGGUGCUCAACGCCAAGCGCGUCCCUAAGCAGUAAAAGCUUUUUGUUGAAAAAAUGGCUGAAGGUCCAAGAGAAGAGGGAGGCUAGUAGUCAACAGAAUAGCCCACAAAGCGUUCACGAAGAUGACUCUUCACGAUUCCUGACUCCGAACGUACGAGAGGAAAGGUCCGACAGCGCUGCAGAGAGGGUUGGCACUGCAAGUAAUUCUGCCCGGAGCACUCCAGCCUGCUCGCCCAUCCUGCGGAAACGUUCACGAUCCCCUACCCCUCAGAACCUAGAGGGUGAGAACAUGGUGGAGAAGGGCUCCGACCAUUCUUCAGACAAGUCUCCUUCGACACCCGAGCAGGGCAUCCAACGGAGCUACUCCUCCCAGUCUGGCCGAAGCAGCAAGAACAACAAGAAAAGCCAGAGCUGGUACAACCACGAAAGGCAGCACAUCAUGAGAGUUUUGAGUCCAACCUACAAACAGCGGAACGAAGACUUCAGAAAGCUGUUUAAGCAGUUGCCAGACACUGAGAGGCUCAUUGUUGAUUACUCCUGUGCCCUGCAAAGGGACAUCCUUCUUCAAGGCCGACUCUACCUCUCGGAAAACUGGAUUUGUUUCUAUAGCAACAUCUUCAGAUGGGAAACACUGCUCACAGUACGUCUAAAGGAUGUUUCUUCAAUGACAAAGGAGAAGACAGCACGUCUCAUUCCAAAUGCCAUACAAAUUUGCACUGACACUGAAAAGCACUUUUUUACUUCAUUUGGAGCUCGGGACAGAACCUUCAUGAUGAUGUUCAGACUCUGGCAGAACGCACUCCUUGAAAAGCCUCUUUGUCCCAAAGAGCUGUGGCACUUUGUUCACCAGUGUUAUGGAAAUGAACUUGGUCUGACCAGCGAUGAUGAAGACUACGUUCCUCCAGAUGACGAUUUCAACACAAUGGGGUUCUGUGAAGAGAUCCCAGUGGAAGAGGUAGAGGUGAAUGAUAACUCAUCUAAAAGCAGCAUGGAAGCAAAGACUGAUGCCAGUCCACAGAUGCACAAGAAGUCAGUCAUAAACAGCACUGUAGCCUCCACAGGGAACAGUGAGGUUCCUGCCUCAUUUGAUGGUAUUCCAACUGAGGAGGAGACCGAAUUCCACAUAGAAGGUGAAAUUGCUGCACUUGAGGUCAUUGACAAGAAUGAAAACGCCUUACCAGCGAGCUCGCCCUCACUGGACUUCAACGAUAACGAGGACAUUCCAACGGAGCUGAGUGACUCCUCCGAAACCCAUGAUGAAGUGGGACUAACUACAGCUGAUUUUAAAAAACUGAGAACAGGAGAAGUACAAGCAUUCUAUGAUGAUCUGAAUGGCAGGCAGUACAUCAAUGAGGUUUUUCACUUCAAUGUGGACAAGCUGUUUGAUCUGCUCUUCACUCAGUCCCAAUUUCUCCAAGAUUUCUUUGAACAGCGGAGGUUUUCUGACAUGGUGUGUCAUCCCUGGAAAAAGGAAGACAAUGGCAAUCAGACCCGGGUGAUGCUUUACACCAUCACUCUCACAAACCCACUCGCGCCAAAAACUGCCACGGUCACCGAGACCCAGACCUUAUACAAAGCAAGCCAGGAGAGUGAGUGCUAUGUAAUCGAUGCAGAGGUGCUUACCCAUGAUGUUCCAUAUCAUGAUUACUUCUAUACAAUCAACAGAUACAGCCUGACACGAGUAGCAAAAANCAAGAGCAGGUUGAGGGUAUCAACAGAACUGAAAUACAGAAAACAGCCCUGGGGUUUGGUGAAAUCCUUUAUUGAGAAGAAUUUCUGGAGUGGUUUAGACGACUACUUUAGACAUUUAGAUAUUGAACUUGCCAAAGUAGAGAAACAGUCGACCACUGAACUACAUAGGCAAUCCCCGAAAGAAAAACCCAACAAAUCUUCCACACUUCGGCGGAGAAAACGACCUCACACGCACGUGCGAAGUCAGCACCUCGACGAAACAGUCAGCCCUGUCACUACCCCGACUGAUGAAGAAGUAGUACAGAGAAUUAAACACGUGGCAGGUUCCACUCAGACAAGACACAUCCCAGAGCAAAUUACUGGAGGAAUUCAGCUUUACAGUGUUUCUAAAUUGCUGCUGAUCAUAAGCUUGGUCCUGGUAUUAUUAGUGUUCCUUAAUAUGAUGCUCUUUUACAAGCUGUGGAUGUUGGAAUAUACAACACAGAGUCUCACGUCCUGGCAGGGGAUCAGGCUCCAGGAGAGCAAACUCCCCCAGUCACAGAUGGAAUGGGCCCAACUGUUGGAGUCACAACAGCGUUACCACGACGCUGAGCUACACAAAUGGAGAGAGAUUUUAAAAUCAUCAGUAGUGCUUCUAGAUCAGAUGAGAGACUCCUUAGUAACUCUUCAAAAAGCCAUCGGUUUACGCGAUUACAGCUCUGAAACAGACAAGCACGAAAGGUUUCACUGACGGGCAUCACCAAGGCUGAAGAGGGAAUAGUGUGCAAUAUAGUUAUGUAUAUAAAAUAUAAAUAUAUAUAAUAUAUAUUAAAAGAAAACUGGAACCACAGGUGAGUUGGACUCUAGGCUGCUGCCCAGCCUGCAGCAUCGCUAUUUAAGAAUUUACAAAACACGAAUCCUUAUUGAUUACAAAACAGAACGAGGUUCUGACAGCACUGAAACAUCAUGGGAAAGACAGCAGCUACACUAAUCUGCCUACACACUCCUGUUGUAAAUCCUAGGAUGUCGUACUGUACGCUUAACAAGUAACAAUAGCAUGUAAUAUUCUGUCUCUGUCUCUGUUGCUGAAGAUGUGUAACUGAAGUGCUAAUGUACUCUGUGUAUAAUGACGUAUGCAACACAAUAGUAGGGGGAAGGAUCUUGAGCUGUUGCAAACCAUUGCCCCUUGAACUCGAAAUGCAGCACUUCUACAUCUGGUUAAUAGGAAGAGAAUUAAUCGGAUGUGUUGGCUACGGCUCCAAUAAAGAAACUGUGAAUAACUUUAUUGAUAAAGCUUGAAGACAUUCUACGUUACAGGUAAAAGUAACUGGAAAUCUGAUGUGACUGACUUAUUUAUUGUGUGUAUAUGUGUGUGUAUAUAUAUGUAUAUAUAUGUGUGUAUAUAUAUAUAUAUAUAUAUGACCCGAGCAAUCUAUCAUAGGCAGGUUGGAGAAUAUUUAAGGGAAAGGGAGCCUGUGUUUGCAUUCUGGCAUUGUAGCAUGUCUACCGAUUGCUUGUUCGAUGCUUGCGGUAAACACUCUUAUGUUUGUGCUGAUGUGGUUACGGAGUCAGCACCAUUUCUGUUUUCUGGCAUCUCUGGGGUAGUGUGAGGCAGCUGAAAAUGAGACGCAGGUUUGGGUGUUCUGCAGGUGUGUGACAUUCCAGUCUUUUUGGUUUCAGAUCUACAGUUUUUACAGUAUGAAAAGCUAUAGAUUUGCGUAAUUUUUUAAAAAAAUAUUUGUGUACAUUGCCCCCUCCUAAAAUGUCAAGUAAGAUGUAAGGUUUCUCUGCAGUAGGACCUGAUUUAUAGUGAGCCGUGAUUUGAAACCACACUCCUUCAAUGAAUGUUUGUCUUAAAUAAGUUUUCUGUGCAAUUUGAUCCACAAACUUUGUUUCAGUGAGAUUGUUUCCAAGAUUUUGCCGAGGCUUCUUGUAUUGUUGGUAAUACAGUGUAUGGAGCAGGUAGGAUGGAGUUAUUUAGUGACCAAAUUUCAAUGAGAUUGACAUCUUCAAACCAGAGACCAAUUUAUUUAAUAUAAGUGUUGUGUUCGAGACACAGAUUCUGUGGUGGGAUAUGGGAGGGAGGCAGUAAAAGUAUGUGGCAAAAGCCAAACACUCAUAGUGACUUCUAUUUCAUUUCAGAACUUAUAUAUUCUGAUUCUUCGAUCAUUAAUAAAUAGUUACAUCAGUUGAUGGACAAGUAACUAAAAUUCAGAAUGGAUUCCAGGGCAUUUGACCCCACCCUAAACUAUCUCGGAACAUAGGAUACAGCUGGAAACUGGCCAGCAAUCUGCAUUUAAAUAAUUGAUCCGCUAACACCUUCAGCCCGUAAAUUAAAAAUCAAUUCUAUUGAUUAAAAA